GUCUUUAAUUCCCACCAAGCCAGUCGAGAUGUUCAUCAAGUGCUUUCUUCUGCUGUCAGCAAUCAACUUCCUGUCCGCAGGACGAGUUCCCCAACCGGAAGAACGCAUCAUCGGCGGAGAAGAUAUUGAAAUAGAAGAGGCUCCGUGGCAGGUGUCUAUACACCGACGAGGGAAUCAUAUCUGUGGUGGCUCCAUUUACAGCAAGGACAUUAUCAUCACGGCUGCCCACUGCCGCUUUACCAGAGAAGGAAAACAACUUGGAGCCGAAGAAUUCCAAGUGCGCGCAGGCACCUCAUGGAGCAAUAGCUACGGGACUCUCAUCCAAGUUGCAGCAAUAAAGUCGCACGACAAGUUCAGCAAAAAAACAUAUGCCAACGACAUUGCUGUUAUGCGAUUAAGUAAGCCGCUUGUGUUCUCCAGCAAAGUGCAGAGCAUUCGCUUAGCCGAAAAGAAUCCGUCACCUGAAACUCCUGCGAAGACUUCUGGUUGGGGAGCAGUGAGAGUAACAGAUUAUCAUGGAAUCCCACUCCCGGAAUCUCCGGAACAUCUAAAAGGCGUAGAGCUUCUUGUUCAAAAUUGCCAGAAUUAUCUUUUCACCACUGAGGAUAACGUUUGUGUCGAAUCUGAUGGAAAAUCGAAUUGUAAUGGCGACUCUGGUGGACCUUUGGUCGUUGACCAGCAACUUGUCGGUGUUGCCUCAUUUACCCUGGGUCAAUUAUGCGACGGAUUUGUAGCCUUCGCAGGUGUCCCUGCUUUCCGGAACUGGAUUUUAAAUGCCAUUGAAUCUCUUUAAAGGUGCAUCUUAAAAAAAACCACAAGAAUAUGUUCCACAUUUUUGAAUGAAGGUUGAAUAAAAAUGUUUAUAAAGAAUAAAGUAAAACAAGGUUUUCAUUUAAA